UGAAGUUAGAUAUGAUUUCACUACCAAAACAUACUUCUGAUUUUUCUAAAACUAAAUUCUGGGAUAAAUUUUUUGAAAAUUUAGGAGAUAAAAAUUUUGAAUGGUAUGCAGAUUAUAAGGAUUUUUCUAAUAUUCUAUUUGAUUGCAUUGUUAAAACAGACAAAAUUUUAAUAAUCGGAUGCGGGAACUCUAAUUUAAGCAAUUCUCUUUAUAAAGAAGGAUAUGUUAAUAUUAUUAAUAUUGAUUCAAGUAAAAAGGUGAUUAAAUCUUGCUCAGAAAAAAACAAAAAACUAGGAUAUGAUAUGGAUUUUAUUAAUAUGGAUGUGUUAAAUAUGAAAUUUGCUGAAAAUGAUUUUAAUGUUGUUUUUGAUAAAGGAACUCUUGAUGCUUUAGCAAAUAAUGCAUCAUCGAAAACCUAUAAAACCUUGUCAAAAAUGUGGAGUGAAAUUUGUAGAGUUUUAUUCAAAGUUCCUCUUGAUACUUAUGGCAAGCAAUUUAAAAUUGAAGAGCAAUCUCUAAAUAAAUUUGGACGAUAUAUUUGUGUUUCUUUGGCACAGGGUCAUAUAUUAGAUAUGAUUCGAUCUUAUUUCUUUAAUAUUAAACCUGACAAAAAUAAAUAUAUUCAUAUUAGUAUACUUAAAGUGUUUUGCAUCGAAAAAAAGGAUGAACUCUUUCCUAUUUUUAUUUUCUCAUUUUUUAUGAAACAACUUUCAGAAACUGAUAAUAAAACCACAUUUGAAGCCUUUGAUAAAUAUGAAAAUACUAAAAUUGAUAAUACAAAAGAAAUAAUUCAAUUUGAAACUUAUGAACAAAUUCUGAAAUGGAUCAAAUAUAAACAAUCUAUCUAUAGUAUGAUGAAAAAGGAUCACUUUGAAAAAUUAUCCAUAAACCACAAUAACGAUAUCAAAUUUGAUCUGUAUACUGAUGAAAAGGAUGCAUUUCCUCGUUACAGAUUUUUCUUGGUAAAAUGUCCCACAGAAAAUGUAAUUGAUGAUGAUAAUCAUAAAUUUGCUGCAUUUAUAGUUCCUCUUGGACGGGAAGGUGAAUGGCUUUUCAAUACGGUUAAAGGUAGACUGGCACUGGCUAAAUCAUCCGGGUUUAAAAGGCUCAUUGUAAUACAUCUCAAUAGAAAUCACGAUUACAAGGAAUUCGAGGCCAUAAAGUCAGAACUGUCACCCGCCAUCAACGAUUACAGGCCUGACGAUCUCGGGCCCAAUGAAGUGAUUCCAUUUCUCUCGCUCGGUUCCGAUUCGUUAGAACGCAAAGUGAUCGAAAAGGGGUUGACAUCCCACAAUAAUUGUCAAUAUUCUGUCGAGGACAUUAAGCUAUCCGACACCUGGUACAGGAGACUUUAUUUUCUUAACUCGCCUUCCUUGAUACAAUCCGAAAUACAACUCGACGAUAACACGAUGGAGCCAAACGUAUACCUUCCGCUAACCUUCGAGAAUCAUAAGGCUAUGAUUACGGCGUUAGCUUUGGAUUAUCACUUCGAUAUCUACGAUGAUCAUGAUUCCAAUAAACCUGAAAAAAGCGAGGGGUUGUAUAGGGUGUUGAUAAUCGGUUUGGGAGGAGGCAUUUUACCGAAUUUCAUGUUCCACUGCUUACCCGAUAUGAAUAUCCAGAUUUGUGAAGUGGAUCUAAAGGUAUCGGAAGUAGCCCAUCGUUUGUUUGGCUUUAACGAAAUUUAUGAUAAUAGCGAUAAAAAUAGUAAAAUGGAAGUACACGUUUGUGAUGGAUUAGAUUAUUUGAAGAAUUUAGGAAAUACGGAUUCCGCUGAGAAAUUUAACGCGAUAAUACUAGACGUGAAUUCUAUGGAUCCCAUUGAGGGCCUCUUCUCUCCUCCUUUGUCCUUCAUAGAACCAAAAAAUUUGGCACUGAUUAAAGAUGGUUUGAAGAAAAAUGGUAUUUUAAUAUCAACUCUACUUACACGAGACGCCGACGAAAAGCUCAAAGUCGAAAACGCCUUCAAAACAAUAUUUUUUUCGUCCGAUCCGAAACACUCAUUACGCGCUCGAGAAAUUGAUUUAGGCGAGGAGGAACUCGCAAAAAUUAUAUUGGUUCGACCUGAAAUCAAGGACGGUUUGUCUAAGGAUGCCAUGACCAAAGCUUAUGACCACAUCGUUAACGAGAUUAAAAAUGCAAUAAUAGAUGGGAAAAAUGCGUCAUUAAAAUUAUUGUCCAAUAUUGGAACUAGUCAGCAGUUAUUGAUGGAUCCAUUAGAUUAUCUGAUACCUUUUGAAACUUAUGCCGAAUCGAGAUCCAUAUUUUAAAACAUUAUAAGAAAAGGAAGGAUUUGUUAAUAAUUAGCAAUAUUCAUAUGUAAUUUAUAACGCGCCUCAAUGUCGAAUGAUUAUAUAAAAUUAA